AAAAAAACUUGGGUAUUGUCUGAGAAAGAAACAGGGGAGUGUUAUAUAGUGCAGGAGGGAAGAGGUGUAUAUAUAUAUGUUCCUUGGGUUUACAUAUAAUAAGAUGAUUCUGCAGAGACUUAGCCGCCACCGCGUCAUGGCCAUCGCUACAAAUUCUUGUAUAUCUAUUUCUUCCUCUCUAGUAACCCUAAAAGAUCACCACUCGCAAACAUACAAGUAUGGUGGAGUCUCCUUCAACAAUCGCCGCCGCUCACUGUCCGCCUCUCUCCGCUGCUUCGCUUCCUCCUCCUCUGUCAUCGAUAAAGUUAAAGUUGUUAAUCCUAUUGUUGAGAUGGACGGCGAUGAGAUGACCCGGAUUAUAUGGACAAUGAUCAAAGAUAAGCUUAUUUUUCCAUAUUUGGAUAUAGAUAUUAAGUACUUUGAUUUAGGGGUGCUGAAUCGCGACUCCACUGAUGAUAGAGUUACGGUCGAAAGUGCCCAAGCUGCUCUCAAGUACAAUGUUGCUGUAAAAUGUGCUACUAUUACCCCGGAUGAGACGAGAGUCAAGGAGUUUGCACUGAAGUCUAUGUGGAGGAGUCCCAAUGGCACUAUCAGAAAUAUCUUGAAUGGUACUGUUUUCCGUGAGCCAAUCCUAUGCAAGAACAUACCAAGAAUUGUUCCUGGUUGGCAGAAGCCCAUUUGCAUUGGUCGCCAUGCCUUUGGUGACCAAUAUCGGGCCACUGAUGCGAUUAUUAAUGGUUCUGGGAAACUGAAGAUGGUCUUUGUUCCGGAUAACGGGGACACUCCAAUGGAACUUGACGUUUAUGAUUUCAAAGGUCCUGGCAUUGCACUUGCUAUGUAUAAUGUUGAUGAGUCAAUUCGUGGUUUCGCUGAAUCCUCAAUGGCACUGGCAUUUACCAAAAAGUGGCCUCUUUACCUGAGCACUAAAAAUACAAUUUUAAAGAAGUAUGAUGGAAGAUUUAAGGACAUAUUCGAGGAGGUUUAUGAAAAGAAUUGGAAGAAGAAGUUUGAAGAUGAAUCAAUAUGGUAUGAGCAUCGCUUGAUUGAUGACAUGGUGGCCUAUGCGCUAAAAAGUGAGGGUGGAUACGUCUGGGCUUGCAAAAAUUAUGAUGGAGAUGUGCAGAGUGAUUUACUUGCCCAAGGUUUUGGUUCUUUAGGCCUUAUGACUUCUGUUUUGUUAUCUUCGGAUGGAAAAACCUUAGAAGCUGAGGCUGCACAUGGGACUGUUACCCGUCAUUUUCGACAGCAUCAGAAUGGACAGGAAACCAGUACAAAUAGCAUUGCUUCCAUAUUCGCAUGGACUCGUGGACUUGCACAUCGAGGCAAACUUGAUAAAAAUGAGAAGUUGUUGGAUUUUAUUCACAAACUAGAGGCUGCAUGCAUAGAGACAGUGGAGUCGGGCAAGAUGACUAAGGAUCUAGCAAUUUUGGUCCAUGGACGCAAGGUUUCUAGGGAAUAUUAUUUGAAUACUGAAGAAUUUAUAGAUGCUGUAAAGGAAAAUCUGGAGUCCAAGCUUUCAGGCCCUGCAUUAGUGUGAUAAUUUGUACUGCAUCAAUUUUGAUCUAUUUCCUCUGGUUUUUGUGAUGCAUAAUAAGCAAACCGUCUAUAAAAGGUGUUAAAUGCUAGCCGGAUUUAAUGGAGCUGAUCGGGUUUUAAGGAACGGGUGAAUUUUUGUAAUAACUCAUAUUUGACAAUCAAGAAGAAUGUUAUAAUAUAUUAUCUCAAAGAUUAUUAAACCA